UCCACGUCACGUGUGUUUGAGCGGGAAAUGACCUGCUGCAGAUCGCCUUGCUUUUUCCGGUGAAAGCUGCGAGCUCCUGUUGAAGAAAACCACUCUUGUAUUAUUAUCAAAUAGAACGAGAAAUUAGCUAAGUAUGAACAUAUAUUUUUGCGGAAGCAUCCGCGGAGGAAGACAAGACGUGAAUAUUUACCAGAGAAUAGUGAAGAAGUUGCAGCAGUAUGGCACGGUUUUGACGGAGCACGUGAGCUCUGGUAGUCUGUCUGAAAAGGGUGAAGAUGCGGCUUUGGAUGGAGAUAAAGCCAUUCAUGAUCGAGAUGUGGAGUGGCUGAUGAAGUCUGAUGUGAUCGUAGCGGAGGUGACACAGCCGUCUUUAGGAGUGGGGUAUGAGCUCGGCCGAGCUGUGGCACUCAACAAAAGGGUUUUCUGUCUCUUCAGACCUUCUUCUGGAAAAGUGCUGUCUGCCAUGAUCAGAGGAGCGUCCACAAACUCUCUCUUCCAAGUCCAGGACUACACAGAGGAUGAAGUCGAGAGGAUCUUGGAGAAAUAUUUUGAUUCUAUCGCCAAGAAUUGAAGAGCAUAUUUCAGCAAAUCAUAACAGAUAAGCACAACUUCUGUAUGCUUCUCCUCUCAUUUUAGAAAGUCAGUAGGACUUGGAAAUUAAGUGGUGUAUUGCUACUUACUUGUGAAUAAAUGUUUUUCAGCUAAACACCGGUGUUACACUGGGUUAUAUACUGUUAAUCAAUGAUGGUGCAUAAAUAUCACACUGUUGGGAGUAUCCAGAAAAAAGGUUGAGAUCCACAUACUGUCAUUGUUUUGAAUUGUCCACCAGGGGUCACUUGAUGUCUUUUUACUACAGUAUUCAGAGUGCACAGAUAAAGUAGGUUAAUUAAAUUCACAAGUUCAGAAUGUCACAAGACAAAGCCAAACGUUUUCUUUCUUUUUUCGGGGCUCAAAACUGUCAGUAUGCAUUAUGGCACUGUUUAUGUCUUCAUUAUGUGAUUCAGGGCUAAAAGGGAUGUAGUGUGUUGCAUAAAGUAAAUUUAAUCAUGGCAUUGUUUUAGACAUGGUGUUCAGCUAUUACACAGUUAAAAACUUUAAUACACAAGGAUCUGUAUAAAAAUACACAUUACAAUAAAAAACAAAUAUACAUUUCAACAAUAAAUUACAUAAAUUAUAUUUACACGUAAGGAUACUGUUGUUAUUGUAUAAUUAUCUAUCACAAAAAUCAUCGCAUGAAAUUCAUCUCACUAUACUGCUUAAAAAAGCAUCACUGUAAUGUUAAAUAUGUUAAACAUUGCAUUUUCAUUUAAAAAAAAAAAUCAUAAAGCAAGUACUCAAAGAAUAAAACUUACUUAGCAUAUACUCACAUUGAAAUAUUUUACAGUUUGAACACUUGGCGAAAAUGGCUACACACAAACCUGAAAUUAAAAGCUCUUUUAGUAAUAUGGCUUAAUUGUAUACAUACAGUACUAAAGUAACACACGAUGGAAGUUUGAUAUAUUUGAGUGGUUCAGUGCUUCCCUUUAUUUGACAUGCAGUCCAUUAGUGCUACUGUUUACUCUGAGUACAGACGUCAUAUCAACAAAUACAGAAGCUCUCCGGCUGUGUGUACCUUGAAGUCAAUAUGAUACAGCAUCUGCAACCCACCUUACCUUCAUAAUGGGUCAUACUGUAUUCCCUGCUGAUACAAUAUAUUAAAAUGAGAAAGAGUAACGUG